CCUCGCGAUUGCGUCGAAAAUGAAGACGAAGCGUGCUGGCGGUGUCAGUUGCUACUUUCUCGCCACCCGUGCAGAUAUAAAGACGCGCCGCGCCCAGUCAAAACAACUUAACUCUUUACAUCUUGGCUGCCGGCGCUGAAGCGGAGACAGCUGAACCUCGGAAUAGCACGCUUUCAUAACCACGGUUCACGAUGAACGCAGCCUUUACAGCACUCCUGUUCGUCGCGGUGGUCAUAGCAAGCUCCUCAGCGACGUCACCUCCGAACUGCGCAGCCGUCACGUGCAACCCGGACGUCUGCCCACCAAAGCAGUGCGCGUGCGGAACCUACAAGGACCAGUGCGGCUGCUGCGACAUCUGCUACAAGUGUCCGGGUGAUCAGUGCAACUCGUGGAUCUUAGACCGGUGCACGGAAGGCCACCGAUGCGUGCUGGAAGAUCCUUCCAAGCGCUUUGAAUUCGGCGGGCAAGGACGCUGCACCCCUGAGGAUUCAACGGGCACUUCGCAGACUUCGUAAAUUUUACGCUUGUAUGAAGGGUUACCUGGACGCGAACUUUGACCAUUUUCGAUUACAUACAAAGAAAUAAAAACGUGAAGAUAAAGCUAAUAAAAAAAA